CAUCACAUGACUGUACGUCAUCGACAUCCAACUUUCAUUUCAAGUGUUGUAUGGGAAUGAAAACUCCGAAAACUCUGAAAAAUGGGAUGUUUUUUCUCCUCUCCCGAUCGAGACGUUGAGAGAGAACCUUUGCUUCAGUCCAGCAAUAGAACACAAACACUAUCUGCAAGACCACCACGACCAGCAGCUAAUGCAGAUGGAGUUCAGAAGAGCGGCAGAUUUACAGCUCGUCAUGUUGGCGUUCCGGGCCUCGAUGAGCGUUUUACUGACGUUGCUGAUACUUUCAACAAACAGCAGGAGCAUUAUGAAACAAUGAAGAACAAUCUUCAGACUCUCGCAAGCCACUACCACUGCCCAAAUGAUGACAGUCUGUCUCAAUGCCUGAAGAAAAUCAAGGAGAAACAUGAGCUGUGCCACAUCAGUCUGGAGGUCAAAGGAUACGACUUCAGUCUGAUGGUGAGAUCAGACACUGAGAUCCCCGGCGAACUGAAGCAGACGCAGGAGAACGUCACCGAGAUGAGCCGAGCCACCAAAGCCAUCAUCUCCGUCGGCACUAAACUCACCCAAAUGAUCGAAUCUCUUCUGAGAGCCGAGGACAGCAUGAUCAGUCAGGUCGAAGCUACUGAAUCCAGACACCAGGAGCAAAGACGGCUGGUGGAAAACCUGCGGGAAAACCUCAGAGAGGCUCGGAGAGCCAAAGAACUGAGUCCGAAGUACAGGAAAGAAGCUGGGAAUCUCCUCAAUGAGGCUGCAUCGCUCUCUGGAAUCACACCCUGAACUGACUAUCAGCCAGUAUAAAAGAUUUUAUAAUGUUAUACAGUGAAGAGAAGACUUUAUCUCAAAAGUGAGAAGUUGCAAUGGUUCAACUGGAAAAACAGCGGCAGUACAAAUAUGCAUAUAAAAUAAAAACAGAACAUGCAUGUAAUAGGCUACAUAAAAGUGCAUAGAAGUAUCCUAUAAAUAAUAUGCCUCGGCUGAUUUUAAACAUCAUUAUAUAUCUAUACAUUUGUCCAGCAUCAUCUUAUUUAAAAUAUGCAUGCAUGGGCAUAAUAAGAUUUUUUUAACUCAUUUUACUGUCUUGAUGAUUAUAUAUCCUGUUUGAGAACAAAUAGUUUAAUAUUGGAAAGCAUAAUCAAGGGAUUUGUCAUUUUCUAUUAUCUUGAGCACUUUUGUGUAUUUACUUACAUGUAUUUUAGUUUCUGAAAGCACUUGUACUUCAGAAUCAGUCCUCGUCAUGUGAAAAUGAGUUUAUGUGAACACUGAUCCUGAAUCUUGAACACUUUGGCUUUGUAA